CAAGAGUGAAUCUGUUCGCACCCUCGCUCGCCUUUGCAAAAUUCUGCGCCUACAUACUCCCACAAUAGCCUUUUUCUUCCUUAUUCUUACGAUCCCACGACAACAUCUUUGCUCUUCCGCAACCACCAGCUUGUCUGCCAACUGGGCAACAAACCUGCCCUCGCUGUCUUGCCAGAAGACAAAGGACGAGCCAAAGACGAUCUCAGACGAUUCUACCCACUUUCAGAUUCCUUAUCGUUGCCUUCAUCGAAGCGAAGCUUUAUCGCGGCCCGGCGAGGCCCCGAUCUCUAUCAGAGAUGGCAGCUUCUAUGAAUCCCUCGACCCCCCCUCCACCUUCCUCGAUCAACACUCCUUCGACACCGAGACUUGGAGCUCUCGACGACGACUAUCAGCCAUACUCUCCUCGAAAGUCUUCUCGUGUCUCCCAAAGAUCGAGCAAUGAAGCAAACUCUACCGCCCGAACCCAACAUAACUUGCGCAAGACUCCAGGAUCCUCCAGGAAUAUAUCUUCUACAAGCAUGACUACCUCACCUUCAUCUCCCAAGACCGCAUCCAAGAAACGCGCUCCGAAGAGCUCUCCGAUGGUUGGUGGACGCAGAGUCUCUGGCGCAUUGGACUACGAUAGUACCGCAUAUGCGGCGGCUGCUCUCGGUCUUCCUGCUCCCAAGAACGAAGGCAAGAUGGAGGUCCAACGAUCUACAGCUGCUGUUCGCAAGAAUGGUAUGCUUCCUACUCCGGCCAAGACCCCCCAAAAGCGACCCGAAGAGUAUACACCUGCCGUAAACACGAUCGCCCGAAACCUGUUUCCCAUUCGAUCUGGAUCUGACGAAGAGGUCAUGCCAUCACCGAAGAAGAGAAACAAGAAGUACACUGGCUUGACUUUGGAUAGCUUUGAGGCUGAGGAGGCUGCCCCAAUUCACAUCUACACAGACUCCCAUGAUCGUGUCCCUGAGGUCGAUCUUAGCCCAGAUAAUCCAUUCUAUGGUGAAGGCGCUGCUCCUGUCCCCGAGCCGACAAAGCGUGCGAGCAAGCGUAGGAAGAUUACUGUUCCAGGCGAAGGAAGUCAGUCCAUUGAGGAGCUUCAGAAGCGCGAGGAUGGCUUGAUUUACACGUUUCGUGGCAAGAAUGUCUUCCGCAAGUUCGCCGACAUGAAAGGCCAAGAAUCUGAUGAAGAAGGUGGCACUGACGACGAAAUCGGCGAUAUUCUUGAUGAAGUUCUUCCAUCUUCCCUCCGUGGUCCUCUUACUCGAUCCUCUACGAAGCCACGCCUUCUCUUUCCAGGCAAUGAGAAGAAGGUGAUGAGAUCACACAACACUGAAGAUGAAGAGGCCGAUACCGACAUUGAGGACCCCAUGGAUACUUCAACUGCUUCUCAUCAAAUGCAUGUCAACGUCACUACACCCAAAGCUCCCAAGUUCGCACCUGCUAGUCCUCCUACCACCGCUCGGGCAACUAGAUCCAAGAAUGUCGAUAUGAGUAGCUCGCCAGGCGCACCAACCAGCGAUGAUGAGCAUAUUAGGUCCCCACCAAAACACAACGCUCGUCGAGGUGGCGGAGUCAGCCCUUUCAACGAGUGGAAGAGACACAGGUCGGUCACAAAGAACAACAAGAAGCGGGAGGGUGAGCCACUUGCUCGAGGAGGUGGUGGCAAAAAGCUCCGAGGAUGAACGAUCUUGUGACGAGGGAUGAUAUUUUGUGGAUCAAGAAUUCUGCGUGUAUGAACAUUCUCUACAUUUGUGUUAGUACGUAGACCUGGUCUACUUUCAUAAUGACGGGACGCCAUUCGGUGGAUGCUGCUGCUCCUACUAAACGCAAGGUUGGUUUUAUCGAACCCGGCUGUUAUGCUUGGUAUUGUCACGCAGAUAUUGGCUCUUUACUACCAUAAUAAGGUAGUGAGGAAUAUUGAGGGCAUUUGAUGAGAGGCGAGGUUGGUGCUAUCCAAUAAGGGCCUUUUGCCUUGUAUUGUCACUUAGAUAUUGGUUCUUUACCAUAGAGAAGAGCAUUGAGGAUAUUUCCUAAAAACUCGCC